AUGGCUUGCCGCGUGCUCCCCUUUCACGCUUGGUUCAGCGUUUAUGAAGAGAAUGGACUUCGGGAUGAGUCAAACACGAGGAAACUAAGUACAGAGGCGGCUCCCUCUGACAGAAAGUCUCCUAGUUUCCUCGGGGCGAAUUCGGGACGUCCAGUGCCGAUCCUACGCGGACCGGUGUAUCGAAUACCGCCCGCUCUAUUUCAGGCGUUUGCGGUACCUCACAGUGGUCGAUUCGCGCUGGAACCCGAGCAUGCGGAACCUAAAACACGCGUCCAGACUGGGGAUAGUCGCCCUGGUACGAUUCAAGCGACAGUGCUUCAAAAACAGCCUUCUGGGGAAGCCCAAGCACAGCGCCCUGGCAGCAGUGCUGCAGGUGCUUCUUUUGGAGCCCCUCACAAGGCACCGCUCCAACACCAAGCCCUUACUGAGCACCCUCACGGAAACCGAGCCGACCUGCCUCGUACUGGGGCUGAAGACGGAGCAUAUGGUGCUCUCAAAACCAGGAUCGAGAAAGCGCUGCAGAUCAUGCGCGAAGAACUGCAAGAGACGAUUUCUCGUUGCCAACAAUGGUCUUUAGUGCUCGAACAGGAGCAGCUAUGGCAAAUCGGCGAGCCUAACGAUGAUACGGACACAAUGCAGCGAGUAGAAGCGUCGAUUCUUCGUGUCCGUCGGUGGCUUCGAGAGGCGCUCGAAAUCGAGAACGUGUUGCGCGAGCGCUUCUUGCUCCCCGAGCCCAAACCUAGUAAAGCGACGCGAGACGCAGUGCAAGCGCAGGAGCACGUUUCGUCUACCCGCGGCUCGUCGCGCCCUCGCAUGCCAAGGAGCGGGGUAUCAUCGGCGCGUGGCGAAACUGCCACCCUGCCGCCAAGUCGUCGCCUGGCGUCGUCACAGACCAGAGCGACUGUUGUGGGUAUCGAUACGAAUGAUCCUGUGACUCGACUCAGCACGGGGCGGAGCGCUGCAAAGCGGCAUGAAGCCGGGCGGCAAAUGGUGCAGACUGCGGUCGGGGAAUCUCAUUCAGGAUCAUCGGAUUUGCGGGCUCAGCGUUCGCAGAUACUGGAACAAGUAGAGGAUACGGUGAAACGCGAGAUGAUCUUGACGAGCGCAGCGUCCGGAGGCACCAUCGAAGCUGCUCCACUGCGCACGCCAGCGACCAAAGCGAAGGCAGAAGCGCCCAUUCGUACAGCACAUGGAGAUAAGGAGGAAAAGUCCAAAGAGCAGCACUCCGCAAAGCCUCAAAUGCCGUUGACAAGCGCGCUCGACUCGCACCGUGGGCGAAAGACGGAAGCCAGCCAACUGCAACGCACCCGGCCGGCACCCUCUCUAUCUGCUCGCACCCGGUCGCCCGACUCGAGCAGCACCAAGGCCGUUGUCAACACAAACCGUCCGAUACAUGUGCGCGAUGCCUCAGGAGGGAGUAAGGAAUUGCAUGCCCCUGAAAAUGCAACCAACAAAACGAAACGUGCCACCACGAAUACGGGCGUCCAGCAUACACCAGCAGCGGCAAGCGUCGCAGCACAGAGCACAGCGCCAAAAGCGGAGCAUACCGAGGUGCCAGCAGGCUCUUCACCGCCGCGACUGCAUCGUAGCCCGGGGAUUCUGUCUCGGAGACUGUCGCGCUCACCUGAGGCUGCACCUGAGGCGGGUCUGUCUGUGGUAUGCAGCGAGCACGACGAGGCCGAUUCCAGGCUCGACAACAGCUCGGUGACGAAUCGUCCCGCUCGGGUCGCACUGAGGAAGGUUAGCACAGGGCGCUCUAGCCCGCCGACGCCGCAACUGCAGCAGGGACUCGAGCGCCUCACGCGUUUCGGUGCCGCAAGACCAGGACCUGACUCGAGGGCAGCGACCGAGAACGGAGCGCUGUCAGAGGCAGGCUCGCGUCUGGGUCGCGCUUCCACAGCAGGUCCGUCACAACCGUCGGAGGCGGUCUCGUCGACAGCAACAAUUUUAACCAGCCCAGAUGCUUCCGGUUAUCUGCCACGACUGCGACGCCUUCGAGAACGGGUGCAGAAAGCUCGCGCCCUCGCGGAGGCGAACUGGGACCAUGCGUAA